ACGAAAGUGUUUACAAACUAGUUGUAGUGUUGUAAAAAUGACUUUUGAGGAAAACUUAAUCGCCAAAGUUCGUGCAAAUGAAGUGCUUUACAACGUGAAAAACGUGAAUUAUAGACGGAAGAACGACAAGGAACGAUUGUGGCAACAAAUUGCCUAUGACCUACACUGCCCAGUUGAGGUGUGCCGAAGACGGUGGAAAAGUUUGCGGGACAAAUUCAUCAAACUCAGCCGGGCCGAGCAUACAUCUCGCGGGACGUCCGACGAGGAGCAGCCCCGCAAGUGGCGAUACUACGAUAGUCUCACUUUUUUACUUGGCUGCAACAAGGCCUCUCUAUCCAACACUUCUACCUUCUUGGACGGCAUGUUCAUGACGGACGAAAGAUUCGUCGAUAUCAAGUGCGAACAUCCCAACAACCGGCAGUACGUUCGCGACGAUACGGCAGUGGUGGCCAACGAGUGCACCUCCGUACUAAGUAGCACCGAUCGGUUCACCGUGGACGGCCGUGCAGCUACGGUAACACUCGAUCUACCGAGCAGCACCGGCGGAAGCAGCAGCGGCAACCGAAAACGCUCUCUCGAUAACAUUGAAUCGGAAUGCGUAAAAAUCAUACGUUCCGCUGCCGAAACUAUUCAGCUGGAGGCGAGCUGCAAUAUUCGCAAGUCGAGCACACAGCUCCUGUUCGAGGCACUUGCGCUGCGAAUCGAUGAAGCCAACAUGCCAGCUUCCCGGUUGAACGCACUGCACACGGCGGUCACCAACUUGGUUUACUCAUCCUUAUGAAUGGACGUGGGCCGGCCAAGCUCAAAUACGUACUUUAAUGGUAAAAAAGGCCGGUUUUAGCGCACGAUUGCAAUAAGUCGUAGAGUGUUUAUAUAGAAAAGCAGCGAAAAAGUCCCAACAGGAUCGAUCUCACUUUCACGAUCCCCGUGGGUCUGUUGAUGUAGUCUCGGUCGGAAGCAUUAUUAGUGACAUUCGGUGGAAUAUUGUAGAUUGUAUCUAGAUACACGUAGAUUGCAGAGGCGAGGCUUAGAGCAUGUUCCAAGCCAACUCAUAAGCAGAUUACUCUCUCAUCUCAAAAGUCCAUUCAGUUUGCGAUCCCCAGAUAAAAAGUCUAUGUUAGUUUUAUGAAGAUCUUAAAUGGCCGUAUAGUAACGCUAGUAGUAUCCGCUUGUCAUGCAAAAAAGAAAUUGACCUGUUCCGCUCUCCUGUGCAGCUUAGGGCAUAAAGUUAAAAAUAAACUAUCUAUACGAAAAUGUAAACUUA